GAAUCCCCGGGUCCCAAUCCACUCCGGUUUUUCCGCCCUGCUCCCGGCCACCUUAGCCGUACCACUAUGUGUUUCUGAGUGAGAAGCCGACUCUUGUUUACAGCAGAGAUUCCACGGAGGAGCGGAGAUCCACAACCUGCGUUAACCGAGGGGCGAACCGUAGGAUUUCAGCCUCUGGAAAUAGGCUACACGCGACGGGAGUUUUUGUUCUCUCUCCCCCCCUCCUUUUUUUUAAACGAGGAUAAAGGCAAAACAAGAAACAUUUGUAAAGGGCAACUCCUUGGACAUUUUCUCCCUCCUACCCUAGCCGAGGUCGUCUAGCUGGAGAGCUGGAGACCCAUUCUCUUGCGUGGCACAAGUCUGGUAUUUUCUUUCAGCUGCAAAUCCCGACUGACGGCAGAGAUAAGUCCGAGCCGAGGAGCUCGAAAAUUGGUUUAAAAAACGACUUCUCACUGCCAGGAUUGCUUGCUGGGGAUCGAGAGCCUGUGCUGGCUGAAUGGCAUAGGCAAAAAAAGGGUUUUCAUUCAUUUUUCAACCACCCAGCCACCACCCCUGUGGAUCUGGACGUGUUUUCUGCCCCACUCCUCCCCUCAAACACAGUCAUUCACACGGGGGAUUCUUGCGAGUGACACUGGCGUUAAUUUAUGAUGGUGGCAUAGGCUACUAAUAAUAACAUUUAGCCUGAUAUUUUUAUUGUUAUUACCAGGUCCCGAUCGCACUGCACACGCACUGCUGUUUUCAAGCGAUGGAGACUGAAGAUGGGGAUUACCAUCAUUUAUCCAGUAAAAUCACUGGCUCGUGUGCCAUACCAGCCGACGUCAAAGUAUCCUGUGAUUGGCAAAAAUAGCAGACUGUUUUAGUAUUUGUUUUUCCUUCAAAGGAAUUCCCUGUUCUAACAAUUUAUACCCAUUUAUUUAUCUAUAUAUUUUUUUUUAGAGCAAAUCAGGGUAGACAAGCAAACCACGCAUUUGCAGGCUACCAUACAGUAGCCUUUUUGGGCUACAGCCACAUUUAUUUGUCCUUGUAUUUUAAUAUUAAGGUUGUUUUUCUUGGGAGCUGGUGUGUACAACCUUGUUAUUUUAUUUCAGUUUAUUUUAUUUUUUUAUUUUUUUGAGAGGAGAAUAAUGUUAAGGAACAUGAGAUCUGACACACCGAUGGGUAGCCCGACCUUGUUUUGGGGUCUGAUGCUGUCUGUCUCCACUAUCUGCAUCUGGUCCACAUAUGGAGAGAUUUGUGGUCCGAGUAUCGACAUCCGAAAUGAAAUCAGUGAGUUCAAGCGGCUGGAGAACUGCACGGUGGUGGAGGGCUACCUGCAGAUCCUCCUCAUCAACGACAAGACCAAUAACAUCCACCAGGAGGUCUUCCGCUCCCUCAGUUUUCCAAAGCUGACCGUCAUCACAGACUAUCUGCUGCUGUUUCGCGUCUCGGGCCUGGACAGCCUCAGCAUGCUCUUCCCCAACCUGAGUGUCAUCCGCGGGCGCAAACUCUUCUACAACUACGCCCUGGUGAUCUACGAGAUGACCAGUCUGAAGGACAUCGGCCUGUACAACCUGAGGAACAUCACCCGGGGAGCCAUGCGGAUCGAAAAGAACCCUGAGCUCUGCUACCUGGACUCGGUGGACUGGUCUCUUAUUAUGGAUUCUGAGUUCAACAACGUUAUCAAUGGGAAUAAGAAGGCAAAGGAGUGUGACAAUGUGUGCCCAGGCAUCAUGGAAGACAACCCUCUUUGUCAGAGGACAUCGUUCAGUGAUAACUACAUCGAUCGCUGUUGGACCUCCAACCAGUGCCAGAAAGUAUGCCCAGAACACUGCAAGCUUGCCUGUACAGACAAGGGGGAGUGUUGCCACAGCCAAUGCCUGGGCAGCUGUACUGAACCGAACAAUGACAUGGCCUGCUCCGCCUGCCUCCACUACAACCAUGAGGAUCGCUGUGUGCCAGACUGUCCCCCAGGCACUUACAAGUUUGAGGGCUGGCGCUGCAUCAACAUGGACCUGUGCUCUCAAGUGCACCUGCCCGGUGACACUCACUUUGUCAUCCACGGGGGAGAAUGUAUGCCUGACUGCCCAUCUGGCUUCACACGCAAUGAGACUAAUCGUAUGUUAUGCAAUGCCUGCGAUGGGCCGUGUGAUAAGCCCUGCACAUCCCCUGUCAUCGACUCUGUGGAUGCUGCUCAGACCCUGAAGGACUGCACCGUCAUCGAAGGCAAUCUGGACAUCAACAUCCGCCGUGGAAAUAACAUAGCGUCUGAGUUGGAGAACUUCAUGGGAUUGAUCCAGACAGUGACGGGCUAUGUGAAGAUUCGACACUCCCACGCACUUGGCUCGCUGUCCUUCCUCAAGAGCCUGCGUUACAUCAAUGGGCAGGAACUCAUCGACAACAUGUAUUCGUUCUCCGUCAUCAACAACCAGCACUUGCAGUAUCUGUGGGACUGGAGUCAGCACAACCUGACUAUUCGGGCUGGACGUCUCUUCUUCCGUCUGAACCCCAAACUCUGCAUGUCGGAGAUCCGCACGAUGUGGGAUAAGACGGGCAUAACUGUGAAGCCGGAGGAGGGUGACUUCCGUAACAAUGGUGAAAGAGCCAGCUGUGAAAGUCAUAUCUUGAAGUUCAAGUCUAACAUCACAUCAAGCCAUACGAUCAGGCUGGCAUGGGAGCGCUACCGGCCGCUGGACUACGGAGACCUUAUCAGCUUCAUAGUCUACUACAAGGAAUCCCCUUUUCAGAACAUCACAGAGUUUGAUGGCCAGGAUGGCUGCGGCUCUAACAGCUGGCACAUGGUAGAUGUGGAUUUCCCUCAGGAUAAAAACACUGACCCAAAAGUCAGUCUUCAACACCUCAAGCCCUGGACCCAGUAUGCUAUUUUUGUGAAGGCCAUUACCCUGCAGGUGGAGGACAAACACAUUUCUGGGGCAAAGAGUGAUAUAAUCUACAUUCGCACACGGCCAUCGCUGCCGUCUAUACCCAAAGAACCCCGUGCAUAUGCCAAUUCCUCAACCAAGCUGAUGGUGAAGUGGUCGCCUCCAGUCUUUCCCAACGGCAAUCUGACCUACUACCUGGUCCGCUGGCAGCAGCAGCCUGAGGACAGGGAGCUCUACCAACAUAACUACUGCUCUAAAGAGCUGAAGAUCCCAAUCCGUAUCCCAGCCACAGGUCUCACAGACAUGGAAGAGAACACCAAGCCCACCAAGUCAGACCUGGCAGGGGCAGAGAAGGGCCCAUGCUGUGCUUGCCAGAAGACGCCCGAGGAGAAGGAUAGGGAGAAGGAUGACCGUGUCUUUUUCAAAGUUUUCGAAAACUUCCUUCACAAUGCCAUCUUUCUGCCGAGACCUCCAGAUCGUCGACGUAGAGAUGUUUUUGGAGUGGCUAACAACACACUGUUGCAUGAGAGUGUUGGUAGAGGAAACAACACGCUUGGCCCGGGGGACAACAGUACAGAUGGCAUUCCUCCGAUCAAGGAGUACCCCUUCUCAGAGGACAAGAGUGCAGCAGAAUAUUUAGAGAUACACAACCUGCGGCCCUUCACUGUCUACCGUAUUGACAUCCAUGCCUGCAACGAGGAGGUGGGGCGCUGCAGCGCUGGAGCCUUCGUCUUCUCCAGGACCAAACCUGCAGUCAAAGCAGAUGACAUCCCUGGAAGGGUGAUCUACGAGAGGAGUGACAAGGUUGAGGGUUGUGUGGUGCUCCACUGGCCAGAGCCCAUCAUGCCCAAUGGACUCAUCCUGAUGUAUGAGAUCAAGUUCCGUCUGGGGACUGAGCCUGAGAAACACGAGUGUGUGUCGCGACAGCAUUACCGCAAGCACAGAGGAGCUCGGCUGACCAACCUGGGCUCAGGGAAUUACUCUGCUCGUGUGCGUGCCACUUCACUAGCAGGGAACGGCUCCUGGACGGAGAGUGUGUCCUUCUAUGUGCCUCCACCCAAACGAGACGAUGGUGUUACGUUCUACUUGGUCAUCAUAAUUCCUAUUAUAGUGACACUUUUCAUUGCCAGCCUCACCACGAUUCUCUUCUUUGUGAACAAAAAGAGGAAUAGCGACAGAUUGGGGAAUGGAGUCCUUUAUGCAUCUGUCAACCCAGAGUACUUCAGUGCUGCUGAGAUGUACGUCCCGGAUGAGUGGGAGGUGGCCAGGGAGAAGAUCACAAUGCACAAAGAGUUGGGCCAGGGCUCCUUUGGCAUGGUGUACGAAGGCAUCGCCAAGGGAGUGGUCAAAGAUGAACCUGAGACACGAGUGGCCAUCAAGACGGUCAAUGAGUCGGCCAGCAUGAGGGAGCGCAUUGAGUUUUUGAACGAAGCCUCUGUCAUGAAGGAGUUCAACUGUCACCAUGUGGUGCGGCUGCUGGGCGUGGUCUCUCAGGGACAGCCAACCCUCGUGAUAAUGGAGCUGAUGACCCGUGGAGAUCUCAAGAGCCACCUACGCUCUCUGCGCAAAGAAAACUCCACCAGCCAGGUCCUACCCCCGCUCAAAAAGAUGAUCCAGAUGGCAGGGGAAAUCGCCGACGGCAUGUCGUACCUAAAUGCCAACAAAUUUGUCCACAGAGAUCUGGCUGCCAGGAACUGCAUGGUAGCUGAGGACUUCACUGUGAAGAUUGGAGAUUUUGGCAUGACCAGGGAUAUUUAUGAGACAGAUUACUACCGAAAAGGAGGGAAGGGUCUGCUGCCUGUCCGCUGGAUGUCUCCAGAGUCGCUGAAAGAUGGCGUGUUCACUACAAUGUCUGAUGUCUGGUCAUUUGGUGUUGUGCUGUGGGAGAUCGCCACCUUAGCAGAACAACCUUACCAGGGCAUGUCCAAUGAACAAGUGCUGCGCUUUGUCAUGGAGGGAGGACUCUUGGACAAACCUGACAACUGCCCCGACAUGCUGUUUGAGCUUAUGAGGAUGUGCUGGCAGUAUAACCCCAAGAUGCGUCCGUCCUUCCUGGAGAUCAUCAGCAGCAUCAAAGAGGAACUGGAUCCUCCCUUCAGGGAAAUGAGCUUCUUCUACAGUGAGGAGAACAAGCCGCCAGACACCGAGGAGCUGGACAUGGAGGUAGAAAACAUGGAGAACAUUCCCUUGGACCCUGCAUCCACCAGGCAGCCCUCUGCUGCUGCCACCCCCUCGUCGGGGUGUACAGGAGGCACGCCGCCUCCUUCUACCCAGCAGUUAUCCCCCAUGCAAGGCCCGAGUACUCCAUUACUGGGACCUGUCUCCCCCUCCUCCCCGGGCCCGGUUGCCUUGGCCUUGGCAUCUCCAGGCCAAGCCUUGGACAAGCACUCAGGACAUGUUUUGGCCAACGGGCCUGUGGUGGUGCUGCGGCCCAACUUUGACGAGAUGCAACCCUAUGCACACAUGAAUGGGGGCAGAAAGAACGAACGGGCGUUACCACUGCCCCAGUCGUCGGCCUGCUGAUAUCAGACCAGCCCCUCCUCCUCCUCCUCCUCCUCUUACACAGGGUAACACAAACACAAAGACCUCUCCUCCAUCCGAGGAGAGGAUGGAAAUGACUUUCUUCUACUGUGUGCCAGUAGAUGGUCUCUCCACUCCUUCAAGGUCAAACAUAAACUCUAAAAACUGAAAAAUAGCACAGAAACUUGCUCAAGCAUUUGGAGUUUGGUGGCUCAGACUCAACACUGGGGAACUCCUUCCUGUGCAUCCUGUAUUUCAGUCUUUGUUACAUAAGUCCUUCAAGAAGGAAAACAAUACAGGCAUGUAUCCUGAUUUACAGAUUUAGACAUGAAUUUAAAGAAAAUCAUUUUUUUAGCAUAUCUGCCAGCAAAUUCAACAGAAGAGCACUUUUUUCCUGAUGAUUUCAGAGAGGAUGUUGUGGAUAUAUGAGUGUGUAUUUAUACAAACACGUGAUUCUCUCUAUAUGGUAUAGCUCCAUUUCUAAAUGACUUUCCAUCAAAAUUACUUUGUUUGCAUGAGUGGACUGGCUCAUGUCAUGUGAGGAUGCCUCUUAUCAUUGUUUCAUUUUCCUGUUGAUAUUUCUAUGGGUGUAGAUCCCGUCAGGAGCGGGUCAAAAUGGAAGAGGAGGGCCUAUUGUAUCUGCCAAACUAUUGCCAAAUCAAGUCGUUUCUUCAAUUUCACACAGGUCUCCCUUCUUGUUUAAGGCUGUGAUUCAGAGUUGAGAUAAGUCUGGGAAAUAAUACCAGAAUGAUAUUCAGACUUAAUGCUUAUCUUUAGUACUAACUGCUGCUCCUGGAGCAGUUGUGUGUGUGUGUGGGGGGGGUUUAUAACAGUACAGAAUACAGUGUCACUGUUGAGACGGGCUCCAUCCACACCUGCAGUCAAGGUUUUCUCAGAAUAUGCAGCGUCUGCAUUGGGGGUGGAAUAAAUGUAGCAAGCCUUGUGAUACUUUGAGGGGAAACACUGGUUUUUUAAAUAAGUGAUAAUAACCAACAGAUAUUAAACAUUAUGUUGUUAAGUAACCACUAACCGGUUCAUACCAUUAAAUGAUGACAUCAAGAUUCUUAGAAAUCUAUCAGGUUAAAAUCCAUAUUUGUGGCAUAAAGCAUAAUUAUUCUGAGAAUUAUGAUCAACUGUGUUCAUAGGACACCCAAAGAAUAACAGAUGAUCUGCAUUAGACCGUGGGCAUUCUUCACUAUUUUCUGACAUUUCAUAUACCAAACAAUUGAUCGAUUAAUUGAGAAAAUAAUUGUCAGAUUAAUUGAUAAUGAAAAUAAUCAUUCAUUGCGGCCCUAUAGUUUCCAUAUAAUAACAUUUGAAAAGCCAGCAUGCUGUUGCUGGUGAUGGGCUUAACCAAAAUGUUCUGUUGCACCACCAAAGUCCAUUCAGAUCCAAGCAUAACUAAGAUGUUCCACUUCAUCACUUCCAUCUUUUGAACAUCUGAGGAAAGUACACGUGUGACUUGAGUCAGCCAACUCUGAAUCACAGCCUCAGUCUGUCCUUGUUUUAAUAAAAAAAAAAUUUAAACAAAACAUCAAAUCAAAGCAUCAUAAAGUAAGUCUCACACUGCAAAUCACUGAACUUCACUAUCAAGGGAUAUGACUCUGCCUCCACUUUCAUUUAUUCAAACCGUGUCUGACAUUUUUUUAAGUGUGCAUUUCAUGUGGGGGGUGAACAUUGUUUGCUGAUACUGCUGUUCAAAUGAAAUGGCACCAAAUACACCACAACAAACAAACAGAGUAGCAGACCUGAGACAGAAAACGAGAAGGUGUUGGAUUGGAUUUUAGUAGCCUAGAGACAACUUUUGAAUCACAGCAGGUCUCUUUUGGAAUAGUCAUUAGUUUCUCUACAUUUCAAACACAUACAAAGGUCUUACAGUUGUAUUUUAGACUGCAGGAUCAUUUUUAUACACAUCAUUGGUUUUGUCACUUUUCUAAACCUUUUUACAGUUCAAAAUGUUUGCCUCUGUCUGUACAGAACAAAGCUGCUAUUUUAUUCUUUUUCUCUUUUGGAUGUUAUAUAUAAAGAAAUCCUUCAGGUUUGGUAUUUUAUAGUCUCCACUACAGUCCAUUUCUAAUAUCUUCGAACUCUGUUUAAAAAAAGAAAGAAAAAGAAAACAACAAAAAAUAAGAUGAUUUAGAUAUAAAACCAUUUUUUUUUCUGUUGCCCCAAAAGGUUUUCUGUAACACUAUAUUUUGCUCAUUGCCUUUUAUGUUUAUGAAAUAUUUCCUCCUGUAUUUGUUUUGUGGAUGUCUAUAUUAUUAUUAUUAUAUUAUUAUUAUUAUUAUUUGGAAUGGACACCUUAGCUCGAUGUGUGAGUGUGUACUUGUUGUCUAGCACUGCGCCUAGCAUUGCCCUCUAGGUGCAACUCAAUCUCAGGUCAAAGUAAAGGCUUUGCUUUCUCCACACAUUCUCAUGAUCGUUCUCUACUUGCUCUACUUUUCUCAGCUUGUCUUUCUCCUUCCCGCUGGCCCCUCACUGACAUACCCCUCUACAAUAUACUGUACUCGUUUCCCCCCCGGUGCCUGCUUUUGAAGUCAGGAUUAGUUCCAGUAUACGAGAUAUUUACUUUAUACCAGAUCUGGUAUUUUAACUCAUCCAUUUCCUGCCUCUUCUUGACUUAAUAGGGGUAAUUGGGUUGUCUUGUUUGCCUUAAUUAUGCCAACAAUUCAAAAUCCAAAUUAUUAUUAUUUUCUUUGUUUUUAUUAGUUCAGCACUCUCAAGCGCAAUACAACGCCACUUCUGCUAAUGUUACUUCUUCAAUGUCUUAUUGUUUGUCUUCAUAAUCACUGCUUCUGAAAACCAAAUAAAGGAUGGGUUAAAGUCCAGGGAAGGGAACACAUUUCAAUAUCAUGAAUGGAAAAGGUCUUAAAAUGGAGGCUGAGUAGUGAAAGUGUUUUGAAGGAUUUCUCCUCAUCUUUUAGAAAUGUUGCCUGGUGAUUAUUAUUUUUUUUCCUUUCUUUGAAGUUUUUUUUUCUUUGUAAGUGUGUUAUUUAUUUAUUUUUUUUAUUUUCCUUUUGUGAUAUCAGUUUAAAUCACUGUAUAAAUGGCCCAUGAUUCAGUAUAAAGUUGGAUUUUUUUGUAUGUAUUUUCUUUGGUGUCAUGACUGGGUGACUUAAACUUUUUUUGUUUUCCUUCAAGUAUAUAUCUACCUCACUCUUUAAAUAUAUGUAUGCGUAUGGAAAACAAGUACAUCUCACUCUCUCAUCAGUUUGUUUAGAAACCUCAUUAUCUGGAUAAAACCCACUGGGAUCUAGAUUAACCUCACAAAGUGGUCUAGGACAGGAGAUGGAAUAUCUGUGUGGAGGUUUUAAGUGUUGUAAGUUUAGCCCACUAAUUGCUGGCCCACUGAUUUAAAAGGUUUAUACCUCUGAGAAUACAAAGGAAAGGACUGUUUGUAGCAGCCUUCAGUACCGUGCAGUUUUGUUUUCUGCAAAAUCACUUUAAGUUGUUGUUGGGUACUUAUGUUAGAAAUUAUUACAGAAUUACAUCAACCUACAAAUUAAUUUGACUGGAUAUUUUACAGUGUGACAAGGCUUAGAGCAGGUGCAGCGCAGUACAUGAUAAGACAAGAGGCCGGACACAACAACAACAUCAGACAUUCCAUCUCCACUAACUCCCAACAUAUUGUCACAACCUCAAAUCCUCAAAAGACAGAAACCUUAAUUUUCUCACCUAAAAUGCAUUUAUAUAGAAGUCUAAACAUGUGGAAUAUUUAAAAAGGGAAAAUGUUUUUAUUGACCUCCAAGAAAAAAAAACGUAUUUGCUGUUUGCCUGCGGCCUGUAAUGCUGCAAGGUUACAGCACAACCCCACACCUCACAACUUAAGUUUAUUGCAAACAUCCAGACGUCAUUCACACUCAAAAAAUACAUUCAGUUAUGUGUAUGGAUCAGUGCUGUGAAUGUAAUGAGGCCAUUCCUGUACUUUCUACACAAAAUCUCUAUAGAGAUAGCAGCGAAUCCACCACCUACAUGUUUCUACCUUCAGUCCUAAAUGGACAAUUAUAAUUGUUUAUCAGUCAAUGUUGGAUUAGAUUUCAUCGGAUGGGGGUUUACCCCGUAAACUCUUUUUUUUAUGUGAACGCCAUCAUCUCCCCUGUCCAAGUCUACCUGCUGAAUGCCAUGAUGUUCUAGCUCUAGUGAUAGCUAAUUUCCAUCAGGGUGAAUCUCUUAGUGACCGUUUUUGGGCUUUUUGAUCCUUUGGAAGUAAAGUGAACAUGCCUGAUGUACUGCUACUUACACUAAUGCUGCUGGUUCAAACAGUCACCUCAGUGGAUCUUAUAUUGUCAUCAAAAAUGUUGAGUGUGAAGGUGGCAAAGGAGCUUUUACAGUGGCUACUUGGAGAGUGCUGUCUCAGUGCAAGGGGCUCUUGGCCGGAAGCACAAAAUCAUUUGAAAUAAAAUUUGUGUUGAAAUUACACAAAAAGCAAAAUAUUAAAAAAAAUGGGAUUAUGAAUAGGCCAUUGGGUAACUUCUAAUGUGAAAUCUGGGUGCUCAAUCUAGGUUAUUCUUAAGCAUUUUAUCUGUGCAUGAUUUAAGACAAUAACAAACAGUGAAGAGUGAACAAUCUUUUGGUUGAAAAACAGUCUGAUUGCUGCUGAAUAUCACAUUGGUACAGAAAUUACCACUGACAAGCAAACAGCUUGUUACCAUAUCUGUGCUUGUCUUUUUUCUUUUUUCUGUUUGGAUGUAUGUAAUGAUAAAAUAUAAACAUUUAAUGAUAUAUUUCAACUUUUCAGUUCUGGGACUAGACAUUACAUUGACCUGUUCUGAGGUGAAUUACUAGUUACCAUUAGAUCACAAACCUGUCAUAACUACAGCAUUUAAAUAAACAAGUGGACAUAUAUAGGACAGGGAUGUAGAUUACGGGUAGUCAUGGUAAAGAGUAAACAACAUGAUUAGAAAAAGACGAUAGGUUUACAGCUUCAUACUAGUUGCUUUUUUGUAUUACCAGAUUGCAGCGUAAAUAUACAAUAACUAAAAAAAACAAAACAUUCAACUUAGUCAUCUUAUCACUUUAAUUCUUCAGAAUGUUCUUCAUGCAAACCUCAGGUUCAUGGAGGAUGCGUCAGUGCAUUCAAACUGCAAUAAUACGUUUGAGGUUUAUCAUUGUCAUGCCUCUGUUUUUAUGAUUUGCAUUCCUAUACCUUCUGAGGGGGCCUUGGUCUACUACUAUUAUUUUAUUACAAUACUUUCACAAGAUCUCUGUGUUCAAUACCUGACUGGGGAAAAGAAAUAAUCUGAAAAAAAAUUCACUUUAUUCAAACUCUGUAUCUGAGGCCUCAAAGUUUUUUCACACCUAUAGCUGAGAUGGUGUAUUUUUGACAUGCCAUCUCCAAAUGUAUAUCUCAGAAUUUCUUGUAUUUUCUUUUUUUUCCUGAAAUUUUGAAUAAAUAAAUAAAUAAAUGAGAACUA